CAAGUGCUUCUCCUGGCGUGUAUGAGUCAUGCGAUCCUAUAUGUGGACCACACUGGUCACCAAUCAGUCUAAUCGGUGACUCGGUCGCCUUCUUAAAACGAAUGAGGGGACACUGUCACAGGCAUAUCGCUGGCCAGUGAAUUGAACAUUGGCUCUUGAUAGCGACAGUGAAUUGAUUAACUGUUAGCCCUCGUAUGGGCUUGAAUUAGACCCAAACAAGUUACUUUCUGAUACAACUUGGCUGUCUAGCUAGGUAGCUAACUGUAGUAGUUGUAAUUAGCUAGCUCUGCUUUCAGUUUGCUAGUCAUUUCAACACACGCUGUUCUGAUUACUUACCAGCUAACACAGCAGGCAUGGAGCAAGCAAAACAGGAAGCGUUUGAUAAAGCCCGGCUGCAGGUCAUCCAGGAUGGCUACGAGCGCGCCUUCGAGUGUAUCAACGAGGGUCUGUCUGAGGACGAAGCCGGACAUCGAGCACAUGCUCUGGACCUCUACCGCCGGGGCCGGCAGCACCUCCUCCGGGCCAUCAGCGUGCCCUCGAAGGGCCUGGAGUGCGAGGGCAGCUCCUGGGACUCGGCCCGACAGAUGCAGGAGAAGAUGCAGGAGACCCUGAACAACAUCACCACGCGCCUGGCUGUCCUGGAGACGACGGGAGAGCCCGCGGACGACGUCACCGCCGUGGACGGGCCGCCCUCUCAGGGCCUCUACCCCAAACUGCCCAAAGAGAAGCCUGCACGGCCGCUUCCCCCUCAGGUAGCGUGCACCAAUGGCAAGCCGGCCGGAGCUCCUCUGCCGGGGUCCCCGACGGCGGCCCCGGCGUCCGAGCUCCCCCCGGCGUACUCCCCCCAGGCCGCGGACGGCCACAUGUCCAUCUCUUACGGCACGGACGCUGGCGAGAGGUCGCUGGUGGGGGACGAGUUCUACAGCCACGCGCCCAACGCGCCCCCGUCGCCCCAGAGCCUGGGCGAGGAUGGCCAGGAGCUCUUCUUCUUGCCUCACGGGGUGCAGAUCUUCUUCGUGACCCCAGAGGGGCACGUUAGCGCGCCGUCGUACCCGGGCUACCUGCGCAUCGUCAAGUUCACCAGCGAGAGUUCCGAGACGAUGCCCCUCCGACCCCCAGCCUUUCUGCAGGUGUGUGACUGGCUUUACCCGCUGAUGUCCACCGACUCGCCCGUCCUGCUCUGCAACACCGGCGUCUUCAUGUUCCCGGACCUGAUGGCGCAGCUGCCGGGCUCCUACGUCGGGGUGGUGCUCUCGACGGAGCUGCCCCUGGCUCAGCGCGAGGCCUUCUGCGACCUGCUGUCGCAGAUGACUGACCUCCGAGUGCAGGUGAGCGACACCAGUGCCCCCUCGCCAGCCGGCGCAGCCCGAGGGUCACCCUCCGACGCCACGGGCACCACCACCACCUCCACCACCAUCGCCCCUGCCCCCCCCCUCCCACGCAAACAGGACCCCGGGGAAGAGGCGGCCACCAUCAACCUGGGCGAGAAGGUGCCUCUAGCACCCCCUGAUGGAGAUGAUAAGACACUGCCUGAGUGGAGCGAGAAGGUGGCCCAGGGUAUCCUCACAGGGGCGUCGUGGCUGAGCUGGGGGCUGGUGAAGGGGGCCGAGUACACGGGCAAGGCCAUCCAGAAGGGGGCGUCGAAGCUGCGGGACAACAUCACCCCAGAGGACAAGCCCACCCACGUCAGCCCCGGCGUCACCAAGAGCCUGCAAGUGGCCAAGCAGGCCACCGGCGGAGCCGUCAAAGUCAGCCAGUUUCUGGUUGACGGGGUGUGCACAGUGGCAGGCCACGUAGGGCGAGAGCUGGCACCACACGUGAAGAAGCACGGAAGCAAGCUGAUCCCGGAGUCCAUGAGGAAGGACAAGAAUGGCCGCUCCAACAUCGACGGGGCCAUGGUGGUGGCUGCCAGUGGAGUGCAAGGUUUUGCUACCGUUUGGACGGGCUUGGAAGUGGCAGCAAAAGACAUUGCUCAGAACGUUGCAUCAGAGACUGUCAGCACAGUCAAACACAAGUACGGGCCAGAGGCCGGACAGGCCACCGACCAUGCCGUCAACUCGGCCAUGAACAUGGGCAUGACCGCCUUCAACAUCGACAACCUGGGCAUCAAGGCUGUGGUGAAGAGGACGGGCAAGCAGACUGCUGCCGCCCUGCUGGAGGACUACAAGAUCCAGGAGAGCCCUGGCAAAGAGAAAUCAGUGGCCAAACCCCAAAAAAGUCCCCAAAAAAGUCCCCAAAAGAGUCCCCAAAAGGACCCCAAAAAGUCAUGAAUACCACCCACCACUGACCACAAACCCCUCCUCCUUAUUUCAGUGCUAUUACUCCAUAGAGCCUUAAAUUGUUCUUUUGAAAAUAUAAUAAUAUAAUAUAUCUCUAUUUAAAUAUAUAUACACAAUACAUACAUAUACUUAUCAGUAUAGUAAUUAUAAAAAGCUGUGUUCUAUAUUCAUAUUUCACAAAGAUUAUAUAUUAAAGACAAUAUUUAUUUAUAUGACUAUUAUCUAUUUUCUACUUGCCCAAUUCUAGUUUGCUGAUAUGCAUUUUUAGAAUUGCAAUGCCAGCUGUGCGAUGUCGCAUCCUGGAGCACUUUAGCCCUUUUAAUGAGGAAGAGAGGACCUGUAGGAUUUAGAUUUUUUGUUUUGUUUUGUUUUGUUUUUUUCUAGUCUACACUGUUUUUUUGUAUCAAUUGAGAUGAUAGACAAAGUGACGUUUUGAAGAUACUGUAUGUUGAAAGGCUACCCUUUCUCACCAGACGGGUGUAUUACACAAUGAGAUUACUCGUUUAUCUAGGUGACUCUACUAGUAAAGGACUAUUCACACCAAGAACGAUAACGCUAAGUAUAAUGACAGUAAUAGCUAAAAUUAAUCAUGACGUAAAACACAUUCACUUUAACAACUUGAAGAACAAUAUUGUCUGGAAUCACUUUCAGAGUGAUUUUGAACAUGAUGAUUAAAAAGAAUCCAUCCAAUUUUAGACAUCAGAUGCAUCAACACAAGGAGAGACUUUUCUUGUUGUUGAUCAGUGUGGAUGCUCAUAUAGCUAUAGGUCUAGCUACACUUUAGUUAUCGGUACUGGUGUGAAUGACCCUUAUCCACUGCAUCAAGCAUCUUUUGAUUCACAAGUGACUAGCUUUGAGAUACCGGCUACUAAGUUACCUGGGUAACCCAGCAGUCUUGCUGUGUUGUUUGGCCCACAGAGUUGCCACUGACACUCGAGUACAAUGGCCUUGGAUCUCAAACCUGUCAGGGACAAAAUGGUUACCACAUUCUCUAGAGCCUUAACACAUUUUAGGUUGAGUUACAGUUAACUGACUGAUAUUAAUAUGAGCACUAACAUCUCACCUCACUAACUGUCCAUGUCAACGUGUUUUAAGUUUCACUGUUAAACUUGAGUACAUUAAAUAUAGCUGCCUGAUGAACAUAAAUGCACAGUUGGACCAUUUUAAAACAUUUCUAACAUUUCUAACAUUUUAACCUGGCUUUUUAACCUGUGAAGAAAAAAAGUGUGUUAAUUCAGUUGACGUGUUGUCCUAUUUCAGACAUAUUUGCUGAUGUGUGUGCUAAAAUGGUUAUUCUCUAACUGCAAUGUUGUAUGUCCACUCUAUGUUGUGCUCAUCCACAGAAAUGUGUUGCUAAAUUAAAAGUGUCUUUAACGUGAAGGCAUAAUAAACACCUGUUUG